UCUCAGCGACCCGCACCAUCGACUCCGUCUCAUACAACAACGAUCACCCUGCAUCUGCGCGUCACCCCGGGCCUCUUCAUACACAUCUCGAGAAGCUCCAGCGCCGCGUCAUACACACAGCACAGCGAUCAUCCACAAGUUCCGCCUCGCCUCUCCCUCUCACCUCGCCUCGCCCGCCUCCGCAAAUCAUACGUCACAUCACGUAUGCGCCGACGUCGACCAGGUCCAGCCGAGCUCUCUCUCUCGUGCUGCUCCUAUCGCCCGUCUGCCCGCCUGUCUCCCGGCGCCCAGCUUGCCUCUCUGCAAGCCCGUGGCCCAGAGCUCAAGCUCUCUCUCUCCCUUCUCUCGCCUUCUUGUUACCGUGGUCAUCCCGCUCGUCUCGCCGUCACGCUACACACCUACGCACUCUGCGCAUCAUCUCGCUGCCGAUCUUAUACACCAACUGGCACGCAUCUGUACACCCCUGGCCUCGAGCAACUGCACCCACCUCCUGGGUUGCCUUGCGCACCACGCAAUCGAAACAUGCUGGCCCGCCAUCUGGACGUGCGCGUGCACGGCGCGCCGAGCCACUCCGCCUCUCGUGUGGCAUCGUCACGUGUGCAGACGUCGAAGCCACCUGCGAUCGCGAGCUCACCAGCCACAGCAGAUGAGGCUUGCGCGCGCUUGGCCCGGUGGCUGCGUCACGGCCGACGUUGUGGGGCAGCGACGCAGCGGAGGUCGCGGCGCAGCUGCUCCCACGGUGCCGCAUUGGCGCGCUCCAAGUCAAGACGCACCCUGCAACCCCUCCCUCGCACGUCGCAACGCUGCCGUCCGUCGUCUUCUCUCGCUUGCUUGACACGUGGCAGCGUCGACGGCUUGGCCAUGGAACUCGCUGGAACGCCGGCGCUCGGGCCGAGGGAGAUGAGGGCUUGGGGCGGCGGGCAAGAGCACGCGAGCAGGCAGCGGGCAGCGAGGAUGCGGAGCCGCCCCUCUGGCGCCACACCUCGGGCGGCGCUAGGCGUGAGACUGGCGGCGUGCCGCGCUGCCAAAAAAUGCGGGGUCGCGUGGCCCGUGCCUCUUGGACGCACGAGGCCAGCUCGCUGUCGAGGCGAGCUGCCCCAUCAAGGCUCGAGGCGCCGGCUGCCGCUGUGAAGCAGCGGCAUCGGCACGCAGCACCGCAGCACCUCCUCGGCCAUGCCUAUCUCGGCGCUGAUCAGAUGCGCACUGAAUCGGCCCAACGCAGUGUGCCUCGCCUGGGAGUGGGCGUCUCGCGAUCGAGGCCUCGCUUCCUCGAGGCCGAGCGGGAGACGCGGCUGCG